UAGCGCGGCGCGGCGUGCCGUGCCGCCGCCCCCAAACGACCACAACCACAAUCCCGUCCCUCCCAUCCCUCCCGUCUCUCUCGUCUCUCUUCCAGGACCUCCCACCUAACUAUGCAACAAAGUCCUGUCCUGUCCUGCUAUCUUGUCCUGUCCCGUCCUGUCUUUAACCCCCGCCCAAGCCUAGCGCACACCCCGUCCCUGUCCCUGUCCCCCAGGCCCCUCCCUUUCCCCUGCAUGCAUGCAUGCAUCCCAUCUCAUCUACGCCCACCGCCCACCGCCAAUUGCCCCAGCGUGCACGCACGCACGCACACAGCACGUACGCACACAACACACACACACAUUUGUACACGGACGACAACCCCAUCCCCGUCCCGCACCACGUCCACGUACCCUACCCUCACACCGCACCUUAGACACUAAACAUUAGAUAAAAACAGGGCUGGCGGCGCUGAAACCAUCAUCCCCCCCCACCCCCC